AUGGCGAGGAGAUUUUGGGUUGGAGCGAUUUCAGGCUGUGCAAUGGAAGAGCACUGUCUCGUAAUAGCAGGGGAGUGGUUGUGCGGCAAAAACGCGAAGUGGGAUUUCGUCGUCGACAAGCAACGGAUGUCUAGAGUUGUUCUAAUGAGAGAAGACAUGAAAAUAUGUGAUUUGACGGCAGAGGUAUUGAAGGAGUUUUGCAUUGUGGGAGUUUCCCAGGAGACCAUGGUUCUCAGCUACUGGCCGCCGAACACGAACGAGCUAGCGACAAGGAUCAAGACACCACCUGUUGUGGAUUCAAUGAACCUGUUUGCGACAUUCGAUAUUCUGUCUGGUGCUAUCGGAUAUACAACCCCAAAUCCCUCAUCUAUAAGAGUAGGUGUAACCGAGAAUAGUGCUUCGCGCCUGAAGUCUGUUUCAUUUGCUUCUGGGAAGGAGACCGGACCUUCAAUCGGCAGAGUGGAGGACGUUGUACCUAGCAGCAAAAGAGUCAUCGAGACUGAUAGUGCGUCCUUCAGUAGUUUGAAGCAGCGGACAUUAGUAAGUUCAAUGAGUGGAGGAUCGUCGAGCAGUUUUCCAUUCGAUUUAAACGCUUUAGAUGUGGAUAGUGUUGCCGAGUUUUGUUCUGGCGAUGUUAGCGCAUUCUCGUACGAGUUGAGUGAUGCAGACAUUAUUAGUGAAGUGGAAUCGGUGGAAAAUCGUUUCCAUAGCAGUAGGGCUCCGUCAAGCGAAGGUACAGAUGAGUUUGAUGAAGAGGAUUAUUGCGGUGACCUGGACGACGAGGAGGAUAUUAUAUCUGUUGGUUAUGAUAAUGAGUUCUGGGAACCCUUGAUAGAUGAUGCACUCGGUGGAUCUGAUGCCGUAGAGUUUAUGUGUCCAGCCGGAGAUGGGUUUGACGGCAAAGCCGUUUCUGGGGGGAAAAUGUGCGAUGUUUUGCGCGUAGCAGAGGAAGAAGGAAAGCGUAGUAGUGUAGGUGGUGGUGGUAGCAAAUGGACAAGUGUUGAUGGACAAAGCGUUGUUCAGCGUAUAAUGGACGAGUAA